CUCAUCUUCCAAGUAUUUUCCAAAACGAAGAGUUUGUCAAGCAGACAAAAUAACUACUCAUCAACAUCUCUAUUGUUCUAGCUUUGUUGUAAUUCAAACCAUGGCUUCCUUAACCCUCCUUAUACCAACACUUAUCUGUCUUCAAUUUCAUCUUCUUUCAUUAGCUUUUGCUCAAGUUAAUAUCGGUUCCACAAUUUCCACCGACAACAAUGGACUGUGGCGUUCACCUUCUGGUCAUUUUGCAUUUGGGUUUCGCGCAUUGAAUAAUAACACGGAUCCCAAUACAAAGCUGUUCAUGGUUGCCAUAUGGUACGACAUGAUACCCGACAAGACCGUUGUUUGGAGUUUAAAAACAGACAACAAACUUGAAACAGCACCAGCGGGAUCACAGUUUCGGAUUACUUCGGCGGGGCUAACACUGGCCGGUCCCGAAGGAGAUUCCAUAUGGGCAUCAAACCUGGCAAGUGUUGUCUCCGUAGGUUCUAUGCUUGAUACUGGCAACUUUGUUCUACUGACUGGGUUAAAGUGGAUGUUUACAGCUUUGGGGUAAUGCUGUUGGAAAUAAUUUGCAGCAGAAGAAGUGUGUUAAUGAUGGAGGCUGGGGAAGAAGAGAAAGCAGUGCUGACAGAUUGGGCUUGUGAUUGCUUUGUGGAAGGAAGAAUAGAUGUUCUUGUGGAGAAUGAUGAAGAGGCCUUUGCUGACUAUGUGAGGCUACAAAAUUGGGUGAAAAUUGCAAUAUGGUGCAUUCAUGAGCAACCUCAGAUGAGACCAACGAUGGGGAUUGUCAUGCAAAUGCUCGAAGGCUUAGUUGAAGUACCUAUCCCACCAUCUCUCAUGCGUUGAUAUUACUAAUUUUUCAUGCAUUUUGUGUAUCUUAGUAUUUUUUAAACCAAAUAACACUACUUUUCAUUUUAUCUCUGGUAUAGUUUUAGGAUCUUACGUUAACAAUUUUUAUUAACAAUAAAACCUAUGUCA